AUGCCGAAUAGCUUUAGCAAAAAUGGUGAAGAAUUUAAAGAACCACAUUUCUACCCGAAUCAUAUUGGAAUAGUGCAAAUGUUUCAAUGGCCAUUUGAUUUUAUAGCACGGGAAUGUGAAGAAUAUUUGGGACCACAAGGAUUCGGUGGCGUUCAAGUAUCACCAAUAUUUGAAAAUCGUAUAAUUGAUGGAAGACCAUGGUAUGAACUAUAUCAACCGAUAUCAUAUAAAAUUAAAACACGUUUAGGAAAUGAGACUCAAUUUAGGAAUAUGAUAAAAAGAUGUAAUAAAGCUGGUGUACGUGUUUAUGUAGAUGUUAUAUUAAAUCAUAUGGCACGAUCAGGAAAAGGAAUUUUAAAAGGAACAGCUGGUUCAUUGGCAAUGCCACAAAUACUAUAUUAUCCUGCGGUACCAUAUUCACCAUCAGAUUUUCAUGCUCCCUGCAAUAUUUUAAAUUGGAAUGAAAAAACUCAAAUGCGAAAAUGUCGUUUACUAGAUUUGCCUGACUUGAAUCAAGCAAAACCUAAUGUUCGUAAUAAAUUGGUUCAAAUGUUAAAUAAUUUAAUUAAUAUGGGUGUUGCUGGUUUUAGAGUAGAUGCAUCCUCAUUUAUGAAUCCCGAUGAUUUACAGGUGAUUUUUUCAAGACUCAAUAAUUUACCAAUUGAAUAUGAUUUUCGUGAAAAUGCAAAACCGUUUAUAUAUCAGGAAGCUCAUCAUUGGAAAUCGGAAUAUACAUCUCUUGGACGGGUUAUCGAAUUUAAUUUUGAAGAAGUUAUAAGUAAAAUAAUGCGUGGUGGAAUCAUUCUAAGAAAUUUAGAUAAUUUUCUGGAUGAUUUUAAUUUGAUUCAAAAUCAUAAUGCUGUAGUUGAUAUAGAUAAUCAUGAUAGCCAGCGAACUUUUAAUUAUUUAAGUUAUAAAGAUCCAAUUCCAUUUAGGAUGGGUAUUGCAUUUGAGUUCGCUCUACCGUAUGGUAUUCCAAAAAUGAUUAGUUCAUUUGCUUUUGAUUCGUAUGAUGAAAGUCCACCAUCUGAUAUUAACCAAAAUAUUAUUGAUCCAGCACCAAGAACUGAUGGUAAUUGUCAAGUAAAUUGGAAUUGUGAACAUAGAUAUUAUAGUGUUCGUGAAAUGUUAAGAUUUGCAAGAUCAGUUGAAAUGGAACCUGUAAAAAAAUUUUUUAGUAAUGAUUAUGGGCAAUUUGGUUUUUGUAGGGGUAAUAAAGGAUUUAUUGCAUUUAAUCCAUCAUCAAAAGACAUGGAAAUAGAAAUGAACGUUUGUGUUCCGCCCGGAACAUAUUGUGAUAUUAUUUCAGGAAGUUAUGAAGCAGAAAAUUGUAACAAAUUUAGACAGGAUGCUGAAUGUCUUGGUAAUAUAAUAACAGUAAAUGAAAAUCGUAAAGCUAUUAUUAAAAUUCCAGCCAAUGAUUCUAAAAAGUUUGUAGCCUUUUAUGCGUAA